AUCAUACGUGUGUGUACCUUUUCCGUUCGGCAUAUGUGUACACGUCCGUUCGUUGAGUGUGUGUGCACGAGGUAUAUGUACGUUCAUCAUGAGUCACGGCAUCCGUGAUUCUCCGGUCGCGUUCCGUAAUUAAAUCUCCUUCACGCCGACGACAGCGGAAAUGCGACUGAUGGCUCCCGGGAGUACAUGAGUGGCCCGCUGCUUUCGCAUUCAGUAGGGAAAGCUCGCUGCUCCUCCUGUAUAGAAAAGAUGGCUCCAAAAGCAGCGGACGGGCACGGUAAUCCCAAAGCUUCGCUCGCCGCUUUCGCCUUCGUCGUCAUCGUCGGCGUCUCCUUUAUCAUCGCCAUCGCCACCGUCGCGAUCAGUUAGUGCCGUGCGCGCCUCCCUACCACCAUUUCCCGUCAUCUCUCCACCUUUGCGCACAUAUCUCGGUCCGCGGUGGAUUCUCUUCUCAGGUAGUCGUCCGCUCAUCGCAGCGUUGUUGGCGCGUUCGUUCGUCUUGUCGUCCACUCUCGUCCUCCUCGCGUUUCUACGAUUGUUCCGACUCGCGAUGUGUUUUCGCGAGACACUUUGGAAAUUAUCGACCCCAGUGGAAUGGGACUCCGUAUCUAUCGUCGUCCGAAGCCGAGGGCAUAGAGCAUAGGGCAUGCCGAAGGUAUAGGAGAGAAGAACGAAGAGUGUGCGUGGUUGCUGCACGUGGAUGUUUUAUGUUCAUUUGACUUGCUCCUUUCAUCCGAGCAUCGCAAAAGCUGUCUUGCUCAUCUGAUAGAAGCGCAACAGGCGAAAUCAUGGAUCAGACGAGAAAUAGGCCGAGUAGGCCACGAUUGCGGUCCCACGGUAAUUCCGCUAGGGUGCUUGUGUUUGAUCAAAAUGAGACGGAAGAAACUGCCUGCAGCAUGGAAGCAGAAACGCACAGACGUCCAAUCCCACCAAAAGUGGAGAGCAAAGAAGCUCCAGUUCGACCCGUUAGUGGAGAGUUAUCCAAUCUUAUUCGAAUGAGAAAUUCGACAAUUGGAAAGUCGGCACCUUCUUUAUCAGUUCAUGUGCGUGAUUUCAACAUUCCUCGCCGUGCUGCUAAAGCGGCUCAUCGUAAAUCUUUCAUCGCAACUACGUCACCUACCUUACCACGUUGCCAUUCACCUUUGUCAGCAUUCGUUCCGAUCGUAGGCAGUCCCCUAGAGAGUCCUAGGAUGUCAUCCAGUCCACACUUUGCUUUUGCUCCAAUUAAAAGGAUCGGCGGAGCCACAGGAACCGGCGAUGGUAGAAGAUGGUCAGUCGCCAGUUUACCGUCCAGCGGUUAUGGAACAACACCUGGUUCCAGUAACGUUUCGUCACAAUAUUCGAGCCAAGAACGUUUGCAUCAACUGCCAAAUGUUCCCACCAAGGACGAGCUGCGUAUGUUAUCUUGUCAUUUCUCUAAACCCGGAACACCGUGCUCUUCGCAUCCGGGGUUCCCAGGCUCGAGCAUUCCGGGUAGCGCGUCUCUUAGCCUCGAAGAAGAGGGUCGACGAUCGCCGUUACAUCGUCCACGUUCCCGGAGUUUGAGCAGUCCGAGUCGGUCACCUGUUCUAGACAGUGAAAUUGUUAUGAUGAAUACUUUGUACAAGGAGAGGUUUCCAAAGGCAACGCAGCAGAUGGAAGAGCGGCUAACCAACUUCAUUAAUGAAAACAAAGAGAUAGACAAUGACGUGGUGGCCAACAUGACGCAAGAUUCGAAACCAAUUCUACGCUUUGCACAUCAUCAAGUAAUUGAAGUGGCCAGAGACUGUUUGCAAAAAUCUCAGGAAAAAUUAAUUACAACGAGAUAUUUUUACGAGAUGAGCGAAAAUCUGGAACAUCUAUUAAUGGACACGAAAGAAAAAUCUUUAGAAGCCGCAACGAGAUUAACAGGACUGAUAAAGAAACUCUUGUUAGUUAUAUCACGUCCAGCGCGCCUGUUGGAAUGUUUGGAAUUCGAUCCCGAAGAGUUCUACCAUCUACUCGAGCAAGCGGAGGGCCAAGCGAAAAUCAACGCGGGGAUAAAAACUGACAUUCCUCAAUAUAUCAUCACAAAGCUCUCGUUAAAUCGUGAUCCCAUAUCUGAGUUGCAAGAAGAUUUGAAUAAGUUGGAGGAUUCGGCGAGUUCGAGCGACAGUAAUUUGCAAGUGACAUCGAGUCCGAAUAAAGAUGACGAUAAAUCUCAGCGUAUCCCGUGCGAAAGUGACUAUGAAGUGCUCAAGUUGAUCAGCAACGGCGCCUACGGUGCGGUGUAUUUAGUGAAGGAGAAGAUCACCCGGCAGAGAUUCGCCAUGAAGAAAAUCAACAAGAAUAAUCUAAUGCUGCGAAAUCAAGUAGAGCAGGUGUUUGCCGAAAGAGAUAUAAUGAGCUUCACGGAUAAUCCAUUUGUAGUCUCCAUGUACUGCAGCUUUGAGACCAAGAAACACUUGUGCUUGGUAAUGGAAUACGUGGAGGGAGGGGAUUGCGCGAAUCUUUUAAAAAAUACUGGUGCACUGCCACCAGAUAUGGCAAGAUUUUACUUUGCAGAGACUGUCUUAGCUGUCGAGUAUUUACAUAGUUACGGCAUUGUACAUCGGGAUUUGAAGCCUGAUAACUUACUCAUCACUGCCCUGGGACACAUUAAGCUUACCGAUUUCGGCCUUAGUAAAAUGGGUCUAAUGUCCCUGGCGACAAAUCUCUACGAGGGCUACAUCGAUCGAGAAACGCGGCAGUUCUCGGACAAGCAAGUGUUCGGCACGCCGGAAUAUAUCGCUCCGGAAGUUAUAUUGCGUCAGGGUUACGGCAAGCCAGUCGACUGGUGGUCCAUGGGUGUGAUAUUGUAUCAGUUUCUGAUCGGCUGCGUGCCCUUCUUCGGCGAGACACCCGAGAUAUUAUUCGCUCACACAGUGAAUGAUGAUAUCGAAUGGCCAGACGAAGAUGACGAGUACGUCCAGCCCGAGGCGAAGAGCAUCAUAACGGCGCUUCUACAGCAGAGUCCUAGGGAUCGAUUAGGGACCGGUGGUUCGCACGAGGUCAAGGAACAUCCAUACUUCUACGGAGUAAACUGGAAUAGUUUACUUAGGCAGAAGGCUGAGUUUGUGCCACAACUAGCCAACGAUGAAGAUACUAGUUACUUCGACACUCGUAUGGAUAGGUACAACCACGAUUUGGGCGACGACACGGACGACACCGACGAUUCUCCCUUAUUCGGAUCGUUCUCCUCUUACUCGCCCCAAUCGCGCAAGAUCUCGCAAACACGCCCGCCUCUGUUCAACCCCGACGCCGAAGCGGACGCUUCGAAGAAACAGCUGUUCCGUUCGGAAGCUGGAAUCGAGCUUGAAGGCACAAUCGCGCAACUGUCCCUCGGACCGAACGCGUCAUCGUCGGUCACGCCGCCAUCGAAACUAGCCGCCAACGAUCCUCAACCCGCACAUUCGUCCGAAAAGCAUCGGCCGCCCCUCUCGUCGAUGAAGAAUAGUUCCUGUGAGAAUCAAAGCAGAACCGACAAAUCAAACGUCACGACGUCGUCCAAUACGACUCCCAGUACUACAGUCUCGUCGAGCAAUGACUCCCAAUUAACGGUCGUUAAGAAUAGUCAGGUGGAAGGAACGUCGAUUAAUCUGAGCACGCCCGACUCCUCGCAAACCGAAGAGUCCGAAGAUAUCAGUCCUCAGAUCCAGAGAAAGCGGCACACGCACUCCCGUGAUAAGCUGCCCAGGUUCAGUAUAUCCAUUGACGAUGAACACAUGUUGGACCUCGCGGCGGCGAAUAGAGAUGCGGCGGAGGAGAGCAAGCAUAACUCCAGCACUGACUCCUUCGAGUCCUUCAGUGCUAUACCACCCAUGUUACCAUCCGCCCGACAGAAAUCUCGAUCCGUCAUCAAAUCCGCCUCGACCAGCGGACUGUCGCUGGUGAUCCCGACCAGCGAUUUCGCCUACGAUGCGCCGUUAAACACCCAACCGAUCGAGUCGCCCGGUGGAUCAUCGACCGCGUCUUCGAGGGACACGUCGCCCUGCCGCGAGCUCAGCCCUCUCGUAACUAGUCUGAAACCGCCCAUUAUCAUUCGCCGAGGGCCGUGCGGCUUCGGCUUCACCGUGCACACCAUCCGAGUUUACUACGGCGACAGUGAUUUUUACACCAUGCAUCACUUAGUAAUGGAAGUGGAGCAAUCCAGUCCGGCGUUCGAAGCCGGCUUGAGACCGGGAGAUCUGAUAACGCACAUAAAUGGCGAACCGGUGCAGGGUCUGUAUCACACUCAAGUCUUGCAGUUGAUGCUGAGCGGCGGCGACCACGUGACGCUGCGCAGCACACCGCUGGAGAACACCAGCAUCAAGACCGGCGGCAGGAGGCGCGAUCUCGCGCAGAGCAAGCUCGCGCGUCGGACGCUGCACAAGCAACGGAAGCAGAAGCGGGAUCACUCGGACAAAAAGCGGAAAACGUCGCUCUUUAAGAGAAUAAGCUCGAAACGGGCGAGCGUAGAGAUGCAGCAGCCGUUAACUAUCAGUUGUCCAUUGUCAGCACCCAUUUUGUCCAGCGACAGCAAACCUCCACUUAUGAUGGCCGCGGGCAUUUGCUCGCCGUCGAUGGUGACGCCCAGUCGAUCGUUCCAGUCGUUCACCCGCUCGCAGGAAACGUCGCCGUACUUCGCGACAUGCUCCAAGUCCGUCUGCAGCCCGUCCCCGCCGACGAAUCGCGCCAGCUCGGACUCUUACCACUCGACCGGAAACUCGAGCCCGUGCUCGAGUCCGAAUUCCUCGUCGCCGGGCUCGAACACGUCCGUGGGCAAUCUGUCGGGCAUCUCGAAUCAGUCGCACUUUCAACAACGGCCGAGCACGCUUCACGGCCUCAAGCACAAGCUGCACACGGCCACGAAGAACAUUCACUCGCCGAAUCGCAGAAAGUCCGUCGGCCACAUACCACUGUCGCCGUUGGCUAGGACACCGAGUCCGUCGCCGAUUCCCGCCAGUCCGACGAGAAGCCCGAGUCCUUUAGCGUUUCCCACGGGCCAUCAACCCGGUAGCUCCAAUACCACGCAGUCGUACAGCCCAGGAGCGUGCUUGUCAACGCCGAACAGUCAGAAGAAAGGAUACGGUCGGCCCAAGUCCGCGGAGCCGGGUUCGCCACUGCUGCGACGAGCGCUCAGUCCCGAUCGGCUUCAUCCGCGCUCGGCGGAAAGCAAGACGUCCAUAUCACCGUUGGCGAAUACCGUGGUGAAGGUGACGCCGCGCGUAACCAUCGCGCAGUCGUCCCACAACAGCAGUGAGACCUCCGACGAAUCCAACGAUAGUUUCAAGGAUGCCAACAACGAAGGCGGCGCGAAAAGCGAGAAGAAAGUGUCGAGCGAGCAGAAAGCGGACUACUCCAAACUCACGCACGGCAUAUCCAUUAAUUUAGGAAAUGUAAGCAUGUCGAAUUCCUGCGGCAGCACGCAGCUGCCGCGAAUCGCCGAGGAGAAGGACUCGCCGACGGGCACCAAGAGCGACGACUAUUCGUCGUCGAAGGAGAUCGGUGCGGAGAAAGGCGAGAGCAAGCGAUCGACGAGCGGUCACGAUCAAUCCAAGGACAACGCGAAUAAGUCUCAGAGCGACAAACGCGGCGACAAUGGUGGCAAGACGUGCGGCAAGAAGGAGGAGGGCGUUCUUCAAUCCGGUACCUCGCUGGCGAGCACGCAGCAAGCAGCCAGCAGCGCCACGAACUUGCAGAACUUGGACCAGAGAUAUUGUCAGACCAGCGAAAGGUUCAUCGCGUCGUCGUUGCCGCACAAGACGCCGCACGUUCCCGAGCAGAAGAGCAAGGAGAUUCAUCAGGAGGUUAAAAAGAUACUUAAAAGAUAUAAAGUCGAUUCCGGCGACGGAGCUCAUCCGAGCGUACACGAGAGCAGCACAGUGUCGGCAAAAGAGAAGAAGAACAAUUGAAUCGGCGCGAAGUAAGGGCUUUUGAGGGCGGCGGAAAGUUUCGAAUUACCUGUGUAUCAAUCAAAUUCGAAGAGGUAAGAGCUCGAAUCGACGCGCUUUGCGUUCGACCAUCGUAGACGAGAGACAAGAGACUAAUCAAAAAGAAAGCGAAAAAGGGGAAAGAUCGCGGGGUUUGAAUUCAUAGCUUUAUCGAAUUUCCGUAUUCAAAUCUAUAGGCUUCCGUCAAACGAAUACCUGAAAGCGAUUAAGAUUUAUAUUUCCGAGAGGUUUUAAUCUAUUUCCGUAAAAUAUAACGUUUAUCAUACAGGACGUACCGCGCGUACGAAGAACUUUUCAAACGAGAUAUACGUUUAUUUUAAUUAUCCGAACACACACACUCAGAGGGAGUAUAGUGAACUAAUUUGAAAUCACAAAAUCGCAUAUAUUACAGUGAUACGAUUGGAGUGAUUUUAUGCUUCGGGCUACAGUAUUUACACGAUCUCAUUUAUAUUUAUAUAAUAUUAGCACGUUAUAUCUAUACGGUCGACAUAGUAUUCGGUGACUCUCGCAUACGAUA